AUGGAUUAUUCGGCAGGCAAGUCUCCGAGAAGAGAGCUUCAGCUUCAAGGCCCACGUCCUACACCUCUCAGGGUUCAUAAAGACUCUCACAAGAUCAAGAAGCCUCCAAUUGUGCCCCAACCCUCCUCACAACCACCCUCCCAGCAGCCUCAUCUCUACCAGCAGCCACGUCAGCCGGUCAUAAUCUCCACCGUGUCCCCGAAGGUCAUCCACACAAACCCUAGUGACUUCAUGGACCUUGUCCAACGCCUCACGGGCUUAAACUCUUCUUCAUCUUCUUCCCCACCUACUCAAAAUAAUCCUAAUAAUCCUCCCAAUUAUGACAAUAACAAUAACAAUAAUUCUCGUGAUGAUCAAGUGAUGAAGACAAGUUCUGCUCAAGAUGUUGCGCAAGGGAUGGAGAUGGACGGUGAUGAUGGUGGUGUGAGGCAGAAGGGUUUGUUUCCGGGGAUCUUGUCACCAGGGCCCGCUUCGCUCAAACCGAUUCCUUCGAACUUCUUCUCUCCACCGUCGGAUAGCUUCUUCCAUGAUUUGAGCCCGGUGCUCCAUGGAAACAGGAACUUCAUAGAAGGUAGCUUCAUGCCUAGUCCUUCAAACUUCUUUUCCCCUAGCACUCCAUCCAUAAACUUAUUCAAUAAUUUCCCCGAUUUAUAG